UUAUGUUGCUGUGGAAAUACUUAUUUCUACUUGUAGCAUUGACCUUUUUCACCGCUUCCUGCUUUGUUACAAAGGUGUGGCAGUAUAUUUUCAUGUCUCAGAAUGUUUUGAAUGUGUAGGUAAACGGCGUGUUCGGUGUGGAGGAGAAUGUAAUUUAAAUAGCAGCAGGAAACAGUAAUGUGACUAGCACUAUGUAACACAUUAGGUUGAGCCAGAGCUGCUAUAACUUCCUUAAAUUGAUCUUCUGCAGUUGUUGUAUGAUCGUUUGAAGUAAUUAUACAAUUAAUUUAUGACACACAUCUGCAGUUGUCGUUUUGUCUCAGGUCUAGUCAUGGUUGUAAAGAAGAAAGCACCUAAAGUGGAGGCUGAAGCUUUGGAUGAUGUCAAGCUGAAGAGCCUGACAGAUUCCCUGUCUGUGGAUGGGGAUAGCAGAUCCACAGAGCUUGCUCAGGUUCUAAAGAACAGUUUAUCAUCCUCCGAUCCGGUUGAGCAGAUCCAGCUCAUCUCUAAGUCGGCAGGUUUCCUGUUGGAGCAGUUGAGAAAGGAUGAGUCCCCUAUGAGUCCUUUACUGCAGGCCUGCCUGAGCACACUAGCAUUCCUUUUGACCACACUGCCAGCUAAGAACCCACUUAAGAGAGCUGUAGCAAGGUUAAAAGUACCCACACUUCGCUGUCACAUUUGGAGAUAUUGACUUCUGGGUGUUUUGUGCACAUAUAUUUAUCUGUUCUCCACCAGUGCACUAGGUUAGUGGUCCAGAUUGGCUGCAGGAGCAGACUCUUGGAUGUCUGUCUGAGAGCCUGUCCUCCUGUCUCUCCUCUAAGAGCACGGAUCACUGCUCACACUUAACAGAUAGCAUCACUUCCUGUCUGGAUGGCUUUAAAAUCGUCCUCCAGUUCUUCCAGAGGACUUUGAAUUAUUAUGUGGAGCAGAACAGGGGUCUGACCGGUCGUCAUGUGGCCAAGGCUCAGCUGAUGCAGUCCUGUCUGGCUGGCAGCGGUGAAGGCCUCAAUGCUGGUGGUUCAGAGAUCUCAGGAACCCAUCAGUACUGCAGUGCUUUCAGCUUCAAAUGAUCAGUCUGAUCUACGCCAAGUUCUCAGUGGACUACUCAACUGCUAUACAUGUAUCUUGACUGAUGGUUGAGGGUCUCCAGCAGUGUUUGGUGGAUGCAGGCAGCAUCGCCACCCAAUGGCUGAGACAGAGCUGCACACGUCUGUAUGAGAGCAGCAGGCCUGCAGCUGUGGCUCUGUAUCCAAGUCAUGGAGCUCUGGCUAUGCUCAGCUGGAGAGGAAGAACUCUCGGUCCACAGGCUGAGAAACUGCUGCUGCUCAUACCUGAAGUGCUCCUGUCUCUAGAUACAAGAGUGAAGGAGUCCAGUACGGUGAUGGUAGUGGCUCGAGUUUUGACACUUUGGAGUGGAGCUGCGGUUGACUGCGUCCAGGUGGACACGUGUCCCCCUCUUCUUCGCUUGUCUCUGGUUGGAGGCUCUCCUCUAAUCGCACGCCUUCACCACCACAUUUAUGCCCACUGGGAGCACCCGCUGGAUGGAGUUCGCCACCAGACGCGCUCCAUGUUCCAGAACCUCCUCACGCUCCACCAACACUGCAGCGACCACAAGUCCGAUCCCACCAGCGACCCUUACAUCACCCAGCUCUCCCGGGACCUUCUAGCACUGGAGUGGCAUAUGAAAGGGAAGUACGGCACACUGGCCUGCAUGGUGGAGCACUUAGGAGCAGAGUAUCUACUCAAGCUUGAUGGUGGACUGCCAUCCAGACUGCUGGGUCUGAUGGGGGAUCAGACGAUGGCACCAUACGCCAGCGACCUUCUGGAGAAGCUGUUUGUCAGCCAUAAGGCCCAGUUGUGUGCCCGGUUUAGGGAUGGGGAUGUCUGGAUAGAUGUGUGGCAUGAAGUUUGGGUGAGGCCUCUGCUGCAGGUACUGUGCACCGCUCGAUUGGAUCAAACAACUUAUAUACUUCCUUUUCUCAUGCUCAAGCUGUGCUGUCUUGCAAGCAACUUUCUUGAAGUCAAACAGCUCGCCUGGUACCUCUUACAAAAACUGCCACCCGCAGCAGUGCGACUCCAGGAGCCGGAGAGGCUGCAGUCUUUGCUGCAGGUCGCUCUGAACCUCCGCACCAGCACCAAACCCUUCGACAGCGUCACUGCCGCUCAUCUUCUCAAACUGCUGCUGCACCAGCCGGGUCUGCAGGAUGCGUUGCUCAGCUGUAUCCAGAAGCAGCACAUCCCUGUCCAGCCACAAGCAUUGAUCCAGUCCCAGGCAUCUGAGGCUUCCGGUCUGGAGCAGAACACCCUGGCAGUGGUGCAGUGGCUGAUGGUGUGUCUGAUGGAAGAGGUUUUAAAGGCCGAGUCGUCUCUUCUGCAAGCCACUUCCUCCUGUCCUUUGUAUGGCAGAGCUCACUGCAUCACUGCAGUCCUGCAGCAGCUCAACACUGGGUCACUUGUACUGCUGUCCGAGUGGAGGGCUGUUGUGUCAGAGCUCAUAGGCCUGUGCUACAGGAUGUCUGAUGUCGUGUCACCUGUGGUUCAGAGCUCUUCCCCUGAGGGCCUCAUUCGCAUGGAUACUGAGUCUGAGACCUCUGCUGGCCUCCAGAAAAUCCUGCAGGAGAUUCAACCUGGUGACACAAAUGACUUUUUCACUAGUGCCAGAGAGCUGGACCCCAGUGAGAGCGGCCGUGACAGCGAGCAGAAAGAGUCAGAGAACACAGUUCAUAAACCACAAUCCUGUAACAGUGGUGGUGGUGAUGGAGAGGCCUAUCGAGUCACCGCUCAGAUGGUACUGGUGUGUUGCUGGAGGACCAUGAAAGAGGUGUCCAUGUUGCUGGUUCAUCUGUGUCAGAGCAUGCCACUGCGCUGUCCUCUCACACACCCUGACGGCAGAGGAGACGUCACAGAGGACCAGGUGGAAGGUGUGGGGAAGUACUUUCGGGAGCAGCUGCUACAGUCUCGUGACGGGGGUGCGUUUGAACUGGCCUACGUGGGUUUUGUUCAGCUCACUGAGAUGCUCUGCAGGAGUGGGAGUGCUGCACUACAGCAGCUGCCAGCACAAUGGCUGAAGGAGGUUCUUGAGGAAGUGGAAGCCAGUGACCCCUCCUCUAAACUGUGUGCGACCCGCCGCAGUGCAGAAAUACCCUUCUAUAUACAGGCCCUGCUGUCCUCUGAGCCCAAAUCAUCCAGCUGUGGACUUCUGAAGAUGACCAUGAGAUCUCUGAAAGCAUUGGCCAUGCCCUCUAAUGAUAGAGAUACUGAGAGCAACUCUGUGCCACAGGUCCACGCUCUGAACAUCCUGAGGGCUUUGUAUCGAGACACAUGUCUGGGGGAGAACAUUGUGCCGUUUGUGUCCGAGGGCAUGCAAGGUGCUAUCCUGGGUUUCACUUCUCCUGUGUGGGCCGUGAGGAACUCCUCGACUCUCCUGUUCAGCACUCUUAUUACACGGAUAUUCGGGGUGAAGAAAGGAAAAGAUGAGCACUCCAAAAAUAACAGGAUGACUCGCCGAGAGUUUUUCACUCGUUUUCCAGCCCUCUAUCCCUUCCUCCUCCGUCAGCUACAGGAAGCUGCAGCCUCUGUGAACAGUGAUUCAGGGCAGGUGAAGCUGCACCCCAGUCUUUUCUUGUUGUUGUUGGUUUUGGGUCGUCUCUACCCGUCUCCCAUGGAUGGUUCAUCAUCAGGUGCGGUCGCUCUGCAGUGUACCGCACACGUGAAAUGGCAGCGAGAGCCCUGGUUCCUUUUGUUCUGUUGACCCAGGUUCCCUCCACCAUCCAGACUCUACUGGAGGAGCUGCCUCAAGAACCUGGACCAGGACUCCAACGAAACCACAUCCAUGGAACACUGCUUCAGGUGCUGUCGCUGUUAUGUUCCUACCUGGCGGACACACACAGACCCCAGUCAGGAAAUGAGCAGGAACGUGACCUCUCCAGUGCCCUUUUUCCGCGGCUGUGGCUCGCCACAAGAGUCGCAGCUGCGUGAGGAAACUCUGCUGAUUCUUAUGGCCUCAGAACUUGUGGCCCCUCAGGGGCCCGAUGACAUGAAGCUCUCAGUCCCUGGAGCCACACAGUACCUGCAGAGUCUGGCUCACAUAGCCAUGAGUAUCUGUGUGGAAUCACCUCACCUGUGGAAUUGUCCAGAGUCUGACGGGUUUCAGAGAGACCUCCUGGAGCGACUGCUGCGGUGUCCGCUCUAUGAGGUUCGGCUGUUUGCCUGGAACAGUUCUUCAGGAGACUUCAGAAGACAGAGGAAGAGUUUUAACGGGGUCAGGGACCCUUGCCCUUUGACCUCAGUGUGUCCAGCUUAACCUCCCUGGCCCUUCACGAGACUUACCCUGGGUGUCAAGCCAUGGUUUUGCAGGUUCUGCUGUCCUCCCACUUUCUUCCCUGCUGCACUGGAGAGAUGGGAUGACAUCUUUGAGCUGUCAGGAGGUUCUAGAGUAUCUCCUCACAUUGCUGGAAACCUCUACACACAGUGUGGAGCUCUACUGUGCCGCUCUCUCCCUGACAUGUCUUUUGGUGCUGCACCUGGCCAAAUCAACGCCGCAGCAGGAGCUCAGUGAGGCUGCAGUGGUCUGUCUGAGCAAAUGGGGGGUCGUGCAGGGCUGCGGUGAGGGAACAACCUGCAGAAGUCAAACUCAUGUCAGCAGAGGUGCUGGUGAAGGCAGUCCCCACCUUACUGACGGCACCAGCCCUUCCUCUGGGUAUCACACACACUGUGGCACUAUGGAAGAACCUGUUUACUUUAUUACAGGAUGAAGAUCAGGACAUCAGGGACAGAGCAGCUGACUUCACCUGCUACAUACCGGACCAUUUACACAACACAGAUGUUGCCACGGGUGCCGUCUCUCCUCCGGUUGCCCUGGAGAUGGGGGUGGGUCUUCUGUGCCAGCUGUUCCAGAUGUGGGGCCAGGUGGCUGCUGGAAUGGUGACCCUGAUAGAAUGGCUCCUGGGAGAUGAACAAUCAAAUACAAGUUGUGAGGAGUCACUGGACUUGGUAAGGAGCACUUUU